CUUUCACGGUUUCACUCACCCUCCCCCCUCUCUCUCUCUCUCUCUCUUUCUUCGAGCUCAGAUCGCCGGCGAAGCGCCGCUGCCCCGGCCUCGUCGCCUCCGCCAUCUCCUGCUUCACCCCCCGCCGCGACUUUAGCCUCCGCCCGCCACCAAUUCCUUCGAACCAGAGGAGGAUGAGUGCGGUGGCGCUUCGAGUUCCGCGGGGUUUUCCCCCUUCGCCGCCAGCGAUUCGGCGUCCUUGUUGCCGAUUUUCAAUUUUCCGGUCAUCUUCUACGCAGAACUAGGGUUGAGCUUGAAGUGGAGGCACGGCGGUGGCACAAUUCAGAGGUGAGGAAUUGCUGGCGAAGCCUUUCUCUCUCUGAAAUCAAAUUCGAAUGGGGGAAUUGCACAAUUCAGAGGUUGAGCAUGAAAGACAAUUCAGACGUCGACGCCGUGGGAGAGAGGGGCGGCGGCGUCGGAGACGGUGAUUGCGAGGGUUUGAAGCGGCGGAGAAGACGUGAGGUUGAGGAGUGGCGGGACGAGGGGGAGGUGGUGCUCGGAGAGGACGAGGCGGCGGUAGCGACGGACGGCGCGGAUGAGGUAACGGUGGCGGGGGCUGGAGAUGGUGAAUUUGGGGGAGAGGCGGAUUGCUUGUGGGUGGGGCCACAUGAUUUGAAUGUGAACGGGAAGAAGGAGUUUGAGCAGCAAAUGGAGGUGUUGGGCCGCCUACGCCACCCUAAUUUGAUCGGAUUGAAGGCUUACUAUUUCGCUAGGGAUGAGAAAUUGUUGGUUCAUGAAUUCAUGCCUAAUGGAAACUUGUUUUGGCUACUUCAUGUUUGUUCAGUUUGGGCUCUGAAUUCUGAUUUUAUGAGCAUCUGGAAUAGGUUCCCGUAGGGAAAGGUAAUAACUGUGAAACUCUUAGAUGGAACUUGGGUUCGGUUCGAGUUGAUAGUGAAAGAGGAGGAACAUCAUUACAUAAACAAAUUUGUGGCUUGUUGAGUGGCUAGGAGCUUACUUUUCUGAUACUAGAAACAUGGAAGAUCCAAAAUUGAUUUGGCUUGUGACUUAAGAGUUGAGAGUUAGCAUUGUCUUGAUGAUUUAUUCUCCUCUCCCAAGUCAUAGUUGCUUGCAUUCAAUUUUUAUUUUUACUUUGAAAAAGAAGAAAAGCUUGUGUGUUACUCUUUCACCGAUCCAUUAGCAGAAGCAGUGAAGAUGAGGACGAUGAUGAGGCUAACUCUGGCUUUGGCCAACUCUGGAAGCACAAGAGGAUUAGUGGGUGGAACUUUAACGAGGAAGGCUUGGAACCUGUUUUCCCAGCUGAUGAUGCGGCUGCCAAACAAGUUGUAAUUCAAGAGGAGGAUGAGAGCUAUGAUGAUGCAGGAGGCGGAGGAGGUGGCGGCGGCGGCGGUGGUGCAACGGCAGUCUUGCGGAGAAUGCUGGUUUUGAAGGAUAGUGUGGAUGAUCAAAGACAGAGGGUGGGGCAGAUUAUUGCAUUCCUUGGAGGUGGGGAAGUGGUGGAGGCGACGAGGGAGGAACAGCUGAUGCAGGAGAUUGUGAAUCUGAGGAUAGAGUUGGAGAAUCAGAAGAAGAAGAGGUUUGAUUUGGAGAUGGAUGUGCAGUUCAUGAAGAUGCAGCUUUCCAAUCAAUAGAAGCUUGCUCUGCUAAUUAAACGUAUGACUAUUUUGCAAUCACUAGUGUAUCAAUUUUUCAUCAUUGCUUGAGAUUGAGUCUCUUUUGAACUGCAGUGCCCCACCAACCUCUACUUCCCGACAUGUGUAUAUGUAUAUGUUGAGUCUCUUUUGCAAAUUGUGUAUGGUUUCAGUUUUUUUUUUUAAUGUUUUUAAUGCCGUUUCUUGAA